AUGCCGAUCCUUCCUUCGAUCGAACGGCCUCCGCCGGACGGGGCCAGAAGACCAGAAGACUACGGUAAGUCUAAAGAGUUAAAGACGAAUUAACGCCAAAUACCUCCAAAAAUAUAACAAUUGCUGCGUAAAGCGGCGAAAAUGCCCAUGGUUAGGGACCAUCGAGUUGUUGAUGUACUGCUCUACAUGUUCGACCGUAACUCCGGGAGCCCAUUGCCGAGAGAGACAAGAAGAGGAGGCAAUCCAGGUAAGCCGUUUUAUAAAGUUUUAAUUUGAAAGACCUCAGGGUCACAAGCGGCCUCGCAUUUUAUAUAUCAUUGUAAAAACCUCAGGGACGGAAAUAGGGGAAUUAAUUAGGACCUCAGGGUCACACUUCGCACACAACUAAAACUGUGAAUGUUCAAGCCGACCCAGAAAGGUCUGAGUGGACGCUCUAGGGGAUCAGCGGUCACUGUCUCAAAUACAGCGUAGCAAGAGCCCGCGGCCCGUUGCCUCGGGGCCGCGCUGGUCCUCAUGAACGCUCCGAUAAGCCCUCCCAUCAAUAGGGGCCACGCUGCCCUAAGAAAACGCAACAACAUUCACCGUCUGUGAGUUCUUUUUUUUAACCACCCAAGUGGCGGUGUAUGACGUAAAUUUCGUCGUAGAGCCGGAUGUUCUGUACUACGGAGAGGGGUGUCGUAACACAUUCAAAUGACCAACUCGUAAAAAUGGAGCCUCGAAAAUCUGCAAUGCCCCCUGCCUGAAGGAAAAAUAUUUUCGUCAAGAUACAGUGGAAGACCAUAAAAACAUUAGAAAUACCAAACAUGGAUAUUUCAUUAACGUAAAACGCACCAGAAUUCAUACAGUUAAUGCACAGCGUAAACUGCUGUCAAUAAAUUUUGGUUUUUAACAUACGCUGUAUAAUAUAAAUCCAAGAGAAAGUGGUAUACUACUAGGUCUACGUGAUAAAACGUUCGUAAAAUUGGAGCCUCAAAAAUCUGCAAUGCUCCGUGGCUGAAAAUUAUGAAUGAUUGGAUGAGAUGACUCCGUGAGAAAGUAUAUUCUACUGUCGGCACAUUCCAGGGAACAACGAAAAAGGUGAUCAUAGUCGCUCCUGUAAGAUCCUGCCAGACUACGAAAUCGGAAGCCCCGCCGCCAACCCAGGUAUCUACACGUGGCGGGGGUACUCAUUCAAUUUAAGGUAGUUGACCUACCGCCCCUCAAAAAAUGCCUCGCCUUGUUGACUGACAUCGUCGACGAGAUUUUUUCUAUUGAAACAAGGUAUGGGACUUUUCAAGCGCAGAUUGUACUCUCCAUUUGGUCUCCUCAUUAAUUCUUAUUAUUGUAGGGUUACGUUCGAAUAAAUAAAUAUAUCUAUAAGAACACUAACGUAACUCCAUGAAGACCAAAAUUGAGCCGCGCGUCGGCCAACCCGUUGUUGCGCAACUAGCGCAGUUGACCGGAUAUGUCGAGAAUUGAGCCGCGCAAAAUAUGAGCCCAAUUUUCCCCAAGACAACAAGUUUUGAUUUAUUUGGAAGCUUUUUUAGAUUUGCGGGCACACAAAUAUUUUUAGAACUUUUUUUGCUCGCAAAUAUUUUUUCCGCCAAAAAUCCGUUUUCCUGCUAACAAAUCGGCCUCAAUUGCCGUCAAAACGAUCCUAGCGCUUAAUCUUGACAUUGUAACCAAGGUUUUUUCAUUACAGUGACUCACGAAAGAUUUUAGAGCAUUUUUUAUCUGCAUCCAAAAGUUUUCAAACUUUUUUUGCCCGCAAAUUUAGCCGAGUACUUCGAUUUCUCAUUCCAUGGAUCGGAAAAAAAAUUUGGAGCAUCCCUCAUGGUAUGAUAAUCUGAACGUAGUUGAAAUUUAUUUGUUUUAGGAAAUGCAGAAAACCCCGCCAGAAGUUUUUAUGAUUACGUGAAAUCCAUCACUCAACCAUGUAAAGCAACAAUCGGCAUCGCACAUAACUCUGGUCGCUACGAUCUGCAUUUAAUCGUAAAACAUAUCCUGGCUGAAAAUCGUAAGUUUUUUAGUACGAAAAAAAAACUUUUUUCGAAACUUAUAUUACGGACUAUAGUCUGUUCGUCUGUCAAGUUUUGGAUCUUUGAUCAGCCUUCUUCUCUUUAGAUUUCCUGAAAUCGUCGACGAGAUUUUUUCUAUUGAAACAAGGUAUGGGACCUUUCAAGCGUACAGGUCUAUCGUGAAGACCGAAAUUGAGCCGCGCGUCGGCCAACCCGUUGUUGCGCCAGUAUAACAGGAUGGGCAGAUACGAUGAAUUGCCAGGAUGCGUAAAAUCCGAAGAACCAAAAAGAGCCCAGCUCUUUUACUUAUAUAACUGUGGGGAGACUUACUAGACGGUACAAAGUCCCAUCACUCUUUAUCUUCAGUGGCGGGAAGAGAGACAGUGGCUUAACGAAGCGACCUACCCGAGAUUACGCCUGAAGAAACAUCACUACAUGCGUAAGAGGGCAUGAAGUAGCCUGAUCCAAUUUGUAUUUAGAUUUUUGUGUGCAGAGGUACGGCCGCCUCGGAGGUGCCAGCUAG